GAAAAUGACCUCUCAGUGCCUCCAUUUCCAAACCCUAGAAAACCUUCAACGCUGCAAUUUCCUUUUCCAUUUCUCUUUACUUCAUUCAAUGCUUUAAUUGAUCCAAAUCGCGUCUUCGUGUCAGUUCGCCAUCGGAGAAUGUAGGCGGCAGCGGUUGCGGUAGCGGUAGCGCCAGUGCUCUGCCUCAACGGCUGCAUGUUGGAUCAACCAGAAAGCCUGAAUUCCACCGCGAUUGAACAAGCCUCAUCAAUCGUUAUUAGAAAUCUCUCAGAAGCCUCUAAUACACCUUCUGAAUCUCUCUCCCUUUGGAGGAGCUAUGCACAAGAAGGUGGAGAAGCUCCAAUGGAGAAAACAGAGCUUGAUGCUCUGAACUCCGCAAUACAGGGCUUUGUGGGUAAUUGGUGGAAUGGCUCAGAUCUCUACCCAGAUCCUUGUGGAUGGACUCCAAUACAGGGGGUUUCUUGUGAUAUCUUCGACGGGCUCUGGUAUGUCACUGCACUUAACAUUGGACCAACUCAUGACAACUCGCUAUCUUGUGGUCCAAAUGCCCAUUUCAGACAGCAAUUGUUUGAACUCAAACACCUUAAGAGUCUGUCCUUCUUCAGCUGCUUUGUCUCAACAAAAGGGAGCAAUUCUGUUUCACUUCCAACUGACGAAUGGCUAAAACUCGCCGGAAGUUUAGAAUCUCUCGAGUUCAGAUCAAAUGACGGCCUCACCGGAAAAAUUCCGGCCAGUAUGGGGAGUCUAUCAAAGCUGCAAUCUUUGGUUUUAUUAAAUAAUGGGUUCGUAGGUGAAAUACCUGAAAAUUUUGGCGGUUUGAUCAAAUUAAAGCGGCUGGUUCUUGCUGGAAACUCGCUCACUGGUCCAAUUGCUCGAAAUCUUGGCCGGCUGAGCGAGCUACUGAUUUUGGAUUUGAGUAGAAACUUAUUGUCGGGUUCUUUGCCACCGAGUUUAGGAAAUUUGACUUCCCUUUUGAAGCUUGAUCUUAGUGACAACAAAUUGAGUGGAACUUUACCAAAUGAAAUCGGCGAUAUGGGAAAUUUAACGCUUCUGGAUCUGAGCAACAACAGUUUCUACGGUGGAUUGAAACAGUCGUUUGAGAAGAUGAGUUCGUUAGAAGAAGUAAUUUUAUCCAACAACCCAAUCGGGGGAGAACUCAAGAGCAUAAACUGGAAAAGUCUAGAAAACUUGGUGAUUUUGGAUCUUUCCGACAUGGGUUUGAAAGGAGACAUUCCGGAUUCACUAUCCGCAUUGAAAAGGCUAAGAUUUCUGGGACUUAGCCGCAACAAUCUAACAGGAAACCCCUCGCCAAAACUUGCAGCUCUGCCAGUUAUUAGUGCGAUUUACUUGUUCAGGAACAAUUUAUCUGGAGACCUUAAAUUCUCCGAAAAGUUCUACGGGAAGAUGGGGAGGAGAUUUGGGGCAUGGGAUAAUCCGAAUCUGUGCUACCCCAUUGGAACUUUGGCGGCAAACAAUGCUCCAUAUGGGGUGAAGCCAUGUCAAGAAGAGGAAGAAGAUGAAGAUGUGAUCAAACUAAUGAAAACCCCCGUCAAAAAGACGAGUAUUGACAUGGGAAAUUCAAAUUCGGCGGUGUCAAAUGGUUGUUCUGGGCUUGGAAUUGAAGGAUUUUGGUGGAAAUUUGUGGGGAAGACAAUAACGAUGAUUCUGUUAACGAAUAGGUUGUUAUGAAACAGAAACAGAGGUUUGUUUCUUAGAAGUGUCCUGUCCGAAGAAAAUGGAAUCAUUAUCCAUUUGGUCUGCAGCAGCUGACGUCCUUAACGAAAAGUUACCUUGUUAUUUAAAGAAAGAAUAGAAGUUAAAUGGUAUUUGUAAUGGAGUUUACUUAGUUUCAAUUUUCAAAUUUAAUUAUGCACUAGAA